GACCUACCAACCUAGAUAUUUUCGCGAGCAACCAGAGAGGAACAUAGAGCUGGAGGGCGUAUACAGCUCAUUGGUCCUCUUUCAACAACACGAACGCAUACUUUCCGCUCAACAACAAGCACGCAACCGCCCAAUGACAUCGUGGGAGCAACAAGAGAUUGCGCGUCUAAAGCAGUUGAUUAAGGAAACAAAGCAGGAGCGACAAGAAGCAGAAGCGAAGACCAAACGUACCACUCUUCAAGAAUAUCUUCGCGCCCAUCAUACAUCACUCUCUGGGCCAAUUCGUGUCCAGGCGUACUGGAAUCUUCACACACAGAGCUCUAUGUCGAGACCGGGAGACAUGCCUCGCCCGAGGUUAUUGAAGCCUUGGGAAGAUUUUCAAACAAGACAGCACCACAUUUUCCAGACCGUUGGCGACUGUGUCGCCGAUAAGCGAUUAUUUUCCUCCCUUCAUUUCAUCGAAGAACGUGGAAAGCAACUUGAGCGAAUGCUUCACAACCGACCACUGGCAAGUGAGAAGACUGUGGAGAUAUAUCACUCAGUGGCCGUUGAAAACCCUGUGGAGACAGUCAUCGAACAACUUGCACAGAUAAACGACACUCGCCUUCAAUUGGAAGGCAGUAUUUUGUUCGCAUGGCCCGUCAGCUCUCUUGAUGAUAGCAACGAAGAGGUUCAGGCUCAGACUUCAGACUCGACCCCAAAUCCCCGACGCACCGAUCAGCGUUGCGUCUACGUCGAGGAAUCCAACGGUGCACAGCGCCUCUGCAUGCUUGUGCAAUACGAAGCAGCUGACGGACUGACGGCCUCUGUGCUGAGAACUGGCCUUCAGCGAGCGGAUAGUGGAUCCAUGAAUCUGUCUGAAGUCAUCAAUCGGACUACAAUACCGUCAAAUUCGGAUUCAAACUUUGUGUAUAGAUCGGAACAGUUGGUGACAACAGCUUUUGCUCAGGCUUAUUCCUCCAUGGUUGAGAAUGGCCUCCUGUAUAGCAAAAUAACUUCCGGACCUAUCGACGUCUUUCUAAAGAUUCUAGUGCAUGAGCCACACACGCUCUACCACCAUCUUGCAGAACCUCUCGUUGAAGCUGAGGCCGAGGCCGGGAUGGAUAUCUUACCUCAUCGGACCGCAGUUGGCCAGACCUUGGCCUUUUGUUUAAUGGCAAUGCGCUCAAAGCCUUGUUCUCAGAAAUGGCGAAAGGCUAUUGUGACAGAUGCCGACAGGUCAGGCAUUGGCGAGGAGCUUACAUUAAGCCAGAUGCCCGAGAAAGAAAACACCACUUCUCCACGAUCCUCGCGGUCCGAAGACCGAAAGUACUCUGUCACGCGCUCCCCAAUCAUGUUGAAAUCGAAGACGGCAGCGAAACGAAAGGCUAGCUACGGUUCUGUGCAGGAUCAACAAAGCCCAUCUAGCUCAGACGAUGACCCAGACGCUAAAACAUCAAGCAACCGAGAUGAUCACGCACAGAAGUCCAGCAAAGAGACAUAUACAAGCGAGAUUUUGAAGCAAGCUACAGAGAAUGAUAUACGCCACCGGCCGUACUGCACUCAAGCCUGCCUGCUCGGACUCGUACGAGAACAGCUCUUAGAUGAUUCUUGUCCAAAUAUCGACGCACAUCGUGGCUAUCGAAAUACCAACCAUCAUACUAUGAAUCACAAGUCUUUUGUGGAACAUAUGUUACAUCAACUCGAUGAAGAUCCCGAUAAUGGAAUUUUGCCACUCGGAAAGCAAGGUGCCCGUGGUGCUCUGUUCAAAUUAUCUCUGGAGCACUACGAAUACACUUUUGUCGCAAAAGGAACUGUGAUGGCGUUCAAAGAAGACUUGGAGCACGAAGCCUUAGUUUACCGACACUUAGAAAAGAUUCAAGGGGAGCUUGUGCCAGUCUAUCUCGGGAGUAUCUCCCUGAAGAUACCUUGGUAUCUCGAUUAUGGGGUAAGAAUACACCACAUGCUGUUAAUGUCCUGGGCAGGUGAGCGGGCGUGCAAGGACUUGAUGACAACUAUGGGUCGAGAUCUGAAUGCCGAAGCGAGCAAAAUAGAAACACAAAUCCUGGAUUGUGGAGUGGAGCAUGGGGACGUGCAUGGUCCGAAUGUACUAUGGAAUCCAAUCACUAAAACAGUGAUGCUGAUAGAUUUCGAGCGUUCAAAUAUCUUACAGGAGAUUCCCCCCACGCGAAAGCGGAAGCAUAUCAGUGCGUCAUGAAGGAAAAGGUUGCUCGAAGUCAAAUCAGAGCAAUCUUGUUCUCAAGGUUCCGAGUCGAGGCUAUACCAUUGACGUGCUCCGAGAAAGUUGACGUUGUCGUGGUGAUGAGCACAAGCUCUACCUCUUGUGGAAAUUUGGAUGCGCUUCAUCAAGAUAAGUCCGAAAAGA